AUGUCUGAUAACUUUCUAAAUGGCAGAGUACCAUCUUGGUUGUUUACUUUACCAUCUUUGGAGUCAUUACACCUUCACAACAACAAACUCACGGGUCCUAUUGAGGAGUUCCAUCAGCCUGUAGGUCCAUUGGAAAAAAUUCUUUUGAGGAAUAACAAGAUUCAUGUUCAAAUUCCAAAUUCCAUGUUUGAACUUUUAAACCUUUUAGAACUUGACCUUUCAUCCAACAAUUUGAGUGGCACUGUGAAGUCAGACAUGUUGUCCAACCUCAAAAAUCUCAGUUAUAUUAGCCUUUCCCAUAACCCCUUAUUGUCAUUAAUCACUCAAAAAGCCAACUUUACCUUGCCCAGUCUUGUCGGGGUCUAUUUCUCUUCUUGCAACAUAACCCAAUUUCCAAUUUUCUUAAGAACUCAAGAAAAAUUGUUGAAUCUAGACCUUUCAAACAAUAGAAUUUCUGGCAAGAUUUCUCAACGACAGCUGGAAUUGCUUCCCAAUUUGAACUAUUUUAAUCUCUCUGACAAUUUUUUGACAAGUGUUAAUUGUCCUAGAAACUUUUCAAUGAUGAAACUAAUGGUUCUUGACCUUCUAUCCAACUUGCUUCAAGGCCCAGUAACUAUGAUGCCAGAUGCACUUGAUAUGCGAAUCUUAUCACUUUCCAAUAAUAUUUUUACUGGAGAGAUCUCUUCAUACAUUUGCAAAUUAAGGUUUAUUAAAGUUCUUGACUUGUCUAACAAUAGCUUGAGUGGAACAAUUCCUAAAUGUCUAGGGAACUUUUAUUAUCUAUCAUUCUUGAAUCUGAGAAACAACAAUUUCCACGGUAGCAUCCCCCAAACAAUCCCGAUUAGAUCUAUUCAAUACCUUAACCUUAAUGGCAACAAGUUAGAGGGUUCGCUGCCUGCUUUGGUUAAUUGUAGUUAUUUGAAAGUUCUAGACGUUGGGAACAAUAUGAUUAAAGAUACUUUUCCUCAUUGGUUAGCGACCCUUCCCGAAUUACAAGUUCUAAUAUUAAGAUCUAAUAGAUUUCAUGGUCCCAUUGGAAAUCCCAAGACAAGAGUAUUGUUUCCUAAGCUGCGAAUACUUGACCUCUCUCACAAUCAAUUCACUGGUUUUUUGCCAACAAGAUAUUUUGAAAAUUUUAACAUGAUGCGUUGGGAUAAUCAUAAAGAUUAUUUGGAAUAUAUGGGAGUGACGAUUGAAGGGGAAAAUUUCAUUAAUAACUCUGUUCAAUAUUAUUCAAUUAUAUUGACAGUAAAAGGUGUUGAUAGGGAAAUAGAUAGAAUUCUAACCAUUUUUAUGAUGAUGGAUUUGUCAAACAAUCAAUUUCAAGAGCGAAUUCCAGAAGUAAUUGGAAAGCUUAAUUCCCUUCAAGUCCUCAACUUUUCUCACAAUAACCUUACAGGUCAUAUUCCACCAAUAUUAGAAAAUUUGACAGGACUUGAAUCAUUAGACCUCUCCUUUAAUAGCUUUGUUGGAGAGAUUCCUAAUCAGUUGACAAGUCUAUCAUUUCUUUCUGUAUUGAAUCUUUCAUACAACCGAUUGGUAGGCUCUAUACCUCAAGGAAGUCAAUUGAAUACAUUUCAAAAUGAUUCUUACAUUGGAAACUCUAGGCUGUGUAGACUCCCGUUGUCAAAUAAAUGUGGGGAUGAUGAACCACCAUCACCAAUACCGUCCAUCUACCAUGAAGGAGACGAUGGUUCGAGCUGGUUCGAUUGGAAAAUCGUUUUGAUGAGUUACGGAUGCGGAUUGAUUGAGGCUCAUAAUCAUAACAAAAGUGAAGAGAACCCAUCCAAGAAGAAGAAAUUAGUGACUUCAAGAGUUGCUCUUAAGAGUGGCUGGGACGUCUAUCACCACGCUUUGACCUUGGAAGUUUUGGAUUCAAAUGUAGAGAAAAUUAAGAUUUUGAUGAAAGAGGGAGUCGUUUUAGGGGCGCUUGUUUGUGGGGUUUUGGUGUUUGGUUGCAAGAGAGUUUUUGCUGUGGAAAGUGCAGUAAAUGCAGGCUAUGGAGUUAUUGGACAGAGCAUAUUGUUGUUGAAGAAUGCUUGGCCUAAAGUUUCUCAGGUUUUGAGAGUGUUUAAAGAACAAGGUUUGGUUUUGGCUGCGCUUUUGGGGUUGUCUGCGUUCUGUUCAGUGGUUGAGACGUCUAUCACCACGCUUUGA